AACAAAGUUCCCAAAACCUGUUAUCCUUGCCUUUUAUUCCAACAGCAACAUACAAACUCUGUAUUCUGAAAAUUUCACCUUUGAAGACCUCACGCUUACCAAGUACACCUUUGCCAGGAAACAACUUGUCCCCAUCCAGAUCCAGAUCCUUUCUGAUACCAUCAAAAUUGGCCUUUCUCCGAGUUAGACUCUUAAUCUGGGGACAAAACCUGUCAUUUUCUUAAUUACUUUGAAACUAAUGGCAUUAUGAUCACUCAAUAUAUAGUGUUCCGCUACACAAACUUCUUGUCACUAUGUUCGGAUAUGGCCCAAGUGUGGAGAGACAGACACACUAAAGCACGUCAAUAGUUCACAAGGCUUUAAUACAAACAGGGUUUUAAAGGAAAAGAAAACAAUAAAUGCUAUAACAAACAGGGCCGUUAACUAAAACUCUCAAAUGGAAAACUAGAAGGCAACACUGUGGCUGAAAGGGAAAGUAUAAAUAUAAAACGAAUACCGCCAGUCUUCAGCGUCAGUCACUUUCUCAGUCAAGGCCGAAUGCAAGCAGGCAGCGUAACGUUGCUGUGCUUUGCUCAAGUCUCAACAACACUAAAAACGAAAAGAAGGGAAUUAAAUACCAUGAUGAAAUAAUAAUUAGCUGACAUGCAUAUUCAUGAGCGCAAUUGCAGAAUCUACUGUGCAGCCGAGUCUGUGGUUAAGACAAUAGACAAUAGGUGCAGAAGUAGGCCAUUCAGCCCUUCGAGCCAGCACCACCAUUCACUGUGAUCAUGGCUGAUCAUCCACAAUCAGUAUCCAGUUCCUGCCUUAUCGCUAUAACCUUUGAUUCCGCUAUCUUUAAGAGCUCUAUCCAUCUCUUUUUUGAAAGCAUCCAGAGACUUGGCCUCCACAGCCUUCUGGGGCAAAGCAUUCCAUAAUAUCCACCACUCUCUGGGUGAAAAAGUUUUCCCUCAACUCCACUCUAAAUGGCCUACCCCUAAUUCUUAAACUGUGGCCUCUGGUUCUGGACUCACCCAUUAGCGGGAACAUGCUUCCUGCUUCCAGCGUGUCCAAUCCCUUAAUAAUCUUAUAUGUUUCAAUAAGAUCCCCUCUCAGCCUUCUAAAUUCCAGAGUAUACAAGCCCAGUCGCUCCAAUCUUUCGACAUAUGACAGUCCCACCAUCCCGGGAAUUAACCUUGUGAAUCUGUGCUGCACUCCCUUAAUAGCAAGAAUGUCCUUCCUCAAAUUUGGAGACCAAAACUGCACACAGUACUCCAGGUGUGGUCUCACCAGGGCCCUGUACAGCUGCAGAAGGACCUCUUUGCUCUUAUACUCAAUUCCCCUUGUUAUGAAGGCCAGCAUGCCAUUAGCUUUCUUCACUGCCUGCUGUACUUGCAUGCUUGCUUUCAGUGACUGAUGUACAAGAACACCUAGAUCUCGUUGUGCUUCCUCCUCUCCGAAUUAGACUCCAUUUAGAUAAUAAUCUGCCUUCCCGUUCUUACCACCAAAGUGGAUAGCCUCACAUUUAUCCACAUUAAACUGCAUCUGCCCACUCACCCAGCCUGUCCAAGUCACCCUGCAUUCUCAUAACAUCCUCCUCACAUUUCACACUGCCACCCAGCUUUGUGUCAUCGGCAAAUUUGCUAAUGUUACUUUUAAUUCCCUCAUCUAAAUCAUUAAUAUAUAUUGUAAACAGCUGCGGUCCCAGCACUGAACCCUGCAGUACCCCACUGGUCACUGCCUGCCAUUCCAAAAGGGACCCGUUAAUCGCUACUCUUUGUUUUCUGUCAGCCAGCUAAUUUUCAAUCCAUGUCAGUACUCUGCCCCCAAUACCAUGUGCCCUAAUUUUGCCCACUAAUCUCCUAUGUGGGACUUUAUCAAAGGCUUUCUUAAAGUCCAGGUACACUACAUCCACUGGCUCUCCCUUGUCCAUUUUCAUAGUUACAUCCUCAAAAAAUUCCAGAAGAUUAGCCAAGCACGAUUUCCUCUUCGUAAAUCCAUGCUGACUCGGACCAAUCCUGUUACUACUAUCCAGAUGUGUCGUAAUUUCAUCUUUUAUAAUUGACUGCAGCAUCUUUCCCACCACCGACGUCAGGCUAACCGGUCUAUAAUUCCCUGUUUUCUCUCUUCCUCCCUUCUUGAAGAGAGGGACAACAUUAGCCACCGUCCGAUCCACAGGAACUGAUCCUGAAUCUAUAGAACAUUGGAAAAUGAUUACCAAUGCGUCCACGAUUUCUAAAGCCACCUCCUUUUAGUACCCUGGGAUGCAGACCAUCAGGUCCUGGGGACUUAUCAGCCUUCAGACCCAACAGCCUAUCCAACACCAUUUCCUGCCUAAUAUAAAUUUCCUUCAAUUCAUCCAUUACCCUAGGUCCUUUGGCCACUAUUACAUCUGGGAGAUUGUUUGUGUCUUCCCUAGUGAAGACAGAUCCAAAGUACCUGUUCAACUUGUCUGCCAUUUCCUCGUUCCCCAUAAUAAAUUCACCCGCUUCUGUCUUCCAGGGCCCAAUUUUGGUCUUAACUAUUUUUUUCCUUUUCACAUACCUAAAGAAGCUUUUAUUAUCCACCUUUAUAUUCUUGGCUAGUUUACCUUCGUACCUCAUUUUUUCUCUGCGUAUUGCCUUUUUAGUUACCUUCUGUCGCUCUUUAAAAGUUUCCCAAUCCUCCAGCUUCCCACUCGUCUUUGCUAUGUUAUACUUCUUCUCUUUUAUUUUUAUACUGUCCAUUACUUCCCUUGUCAGCCAUGGCCUCCCCUUACUCCCCUUAGGAUCUUUCUUCCUCUUUGGAACGAACUGAUCCUGCACCUUCCGCAUUAUUCCCAGAAACGCUUGCCAUUGCUGUUCCACUGUCAUCCCUGCUAGGGUAUUGUUCCAUUGAACUUUGGCCAGCUUCUCCCUCAUAGCACCAGUUGUUCAACUGUAAUACUGACACUUCCGAGAUUCCCUUCUCCCUCUCAAAUUGUAGAUUAAAACUUAUCAUAUUAUGGUCACUACCUCCUAAUGGCUCCUUUACCUCGAGGUCCCUGAUCAAAUCCGGUUCAUUGCACAACACUAAAUCUAGAAUUGCGUUCUCUCUGGUAGGCUCCAGUACAAGCUAAGAAUCCAUCUCAGAGGGACUCCACAAACUCCCUUUCUUGGGGUCCAGUACCAACCUGAUUCCUCCAGUCUACCUGCACGUUGAAGUCCCCCAUAACAACUGUAGCAUUACCUUUGCGACAUGCCAAUUUUAACUCUUGAUUCAACUCACACCCUACAUCCAGACUACUGUUUGGGGGCCUGUAGAUAACUCCCAUUAGGGUCUUUCUACCCUUAGAAUUUCUCAGUUCUAUCCAUACUGACUCUAUGUCUCCUGAUUCUAUGUCCCCCCUCGCAAGGGACUGAAUAUCAUUCCUCACCAACACAGCCACCCCACCCCCUCUGCCCAUCAGUCUAUCCUUUCGAUAGGACGUAUACCCUUGAAUAUUCAUUUCCCAGGCCCUGUCCACUUGAAGCCAUGUCUCUGUUAUUCCCACAACAUCAUACUUACCAAUUUCCAACUGUGCCUCAAGCCCAUCCACUUUAUUUCUCAUACUCCGUGCAUUCAUAUACAAUACUUUUAAUUCAUUACUCUCCUCACCUCCCAUAUCAAUUCCUAUAUCACUUGGCCAUACUGUACGAUCCCUUCUUGAGCUUUCUGCUCUGUUGAUUCUGCUGUCUUUCUUAACUUUUCUUAUUCUCACUUUCCCUUUAUCUCCAUCCUUAUGUUUCCAGUUCGUCCCCUCUCCCCCCACUACUUAGUUUAAACACACCCGUGUUGCAGAGGCAAACCUGCCUGCCAGAAUGCUGGUGCCCCGCUUAUUAAGGUGCAACCCGUCCCUUUUGUACAAUUCAUCCUUACCCCGAAACAUACCCCAGUGGUCCAAGAAUGUAAAUCCUUGCUUCCUGCACCAGUUCCUCAGCUACACAUUCAGAUAUAUUAUCUCCCUGUUCUUGACCACUCCAGCACAGGGAACUGGAAGCAAACCAGAGAUAACCACCCUGGAAGUCCUACUUUUCAGCCUUCUUCCGAGUUCUCUGAAGUCACGCUGUAGUAUGUCUUUCCUCUUCUUCCCCACAUCAUUUGUGCCGACAUGCACCACCACUUCCGGAUGUUCACCUUCACUCUUAAGGAUUCCCUGCAAUCGGUCCGUGACAUCCUGGAUCCCCUUGUGACAGGGUUCCCCUUCCUAGGUGCAGGUCCUGAGGCGCCACAGUCCUGUGCCCACUAGAAGUCCCGGAUGAGUGACUUGUCCAAGAUGCCUUUCGACGGGAUCCCAAGAACAUUCAUCAGGACCAUACCCUUACUAAUCCACAAGUACUGGACCUUACCACGUAUCUGGCAAGAUGCCAAGAGGUGCUGAACCGUACAGACUAGGGAACCAUCUACUGAGCGGGAGGAGGGGGAGGUGGGCUGAUUGGGGCCAGGGGAGAGGUAGUAACUGGCUUAUGCUGGGAAACAUAGAAUACUGGGUGGAUCUUCAGUGAUGCUGGUAGACACAAUCUAUACAACACCUUGUUGAUAACCUUUUCCACUACAAAUGAUCCCACAUACCGCAGAGCCAAUUUGCAUCUCUCGACUUUUAGGGGAUGAUUCCCUGAUGCAAACCAGAUCUCUCCUGGCUUGAAAGGUCUCACCUCGCUGGAGCCAAUCAACCUGCUGGGCAUGUUGUUGCUGGGCGUACAGCAGAGAAACCCUGGCUCGCUCCAGGUGCACUUGUAGUCAACAGCAAGAACUCCUGGUCAGGAAAGGGCUGGGACUGGAAUUGCUUCUGGCAUUCAUAGGGGGACAUACCCAUGGAGGACAGCUGGAGGGCAUUGUGGGCAAUCUCUGCCCAAACCAAUUGGGAGCUCCAGGACGUGGGAUUGGAAGAGGCAAGGCAGUGCAGAGUUGUUUCCAACUCUUCAUUCACUUUCUCAGUCUGGUCAUUGGAUGGGGCUCCUACAAGAGCGCAGAAUGCCUUCCAAAAGCAGGAAGUGAACUGUGGUCCACGAUCAGACACCAUGUCUUAAGGGAAGCCAUGGAGCCUGAACACAUGUUGAACCUUGAGUGUAGCAAUCUCACAAGCCAAUGGGAGCUUAAGGGGGGCAAUUAAGUGGGCAGCCUUGGCAAAUCGCUCCACAACAACCAAAGUGGUAAUGUUUCCAUUAGACAAGGGCAGCCCAGUGAUGAAAUCAACUGAAAGGUGGAACCAGGAGUGAUGGGGCACAGGCAGUGGACAUAGCUGACCCACAGGAUGCUAGUGUGAUGUCUUGUUCUGAGUGCAGCUGGGACAGGUAGAAACGAAGUUGUGGACAACCUGGGAAGUAGAAGGCUACCAAAAUCUCUUUAUAAAACUCCUGGGUCCAUUGGAUUCCCAGAUGUCCAGCCAGAAGGGAGGAGUGACCCAAUUCCAACACUUUGGAGCACCCCCAACUGGGCCUGGUUCCAACUAUUGGGCAGCCCUCACCUCCUCCUCUACUCCCCGGAUCGCUGGAGCAGCAAUACACGAGCGAGGAAGAAUGGGCUUGGGAUAGGCAUUGUCCUCAGAUCCAUCGAACUGCCGGGAGAGAGCGUCGACCUUGGUAUUAAACUGAGUGAAGAAGAGGCCACUGGACUUUACAAGAGUUCAGCCUCUUUGCAUCCUGAAUAUAAGAGAGAUUCUUGUGCACUGUCCAAACCGAGAAAGGAUGCUCUGUCCCCUUCAGCCAGUGUUGCCAUUCUUCCAGGGCAUCCUUGACAGUCAGAAGUUCCCGGUUCCCAACAUCGUAGUUCCUGUCAGCCAGAGACAGGCAAUGGGAAAGAAAGGCACAAGGGUGCAGCUGACUAUCUGCAAGUGAGUGCUGAAAGAGGACAGCUCCAAUGCCAAUAUCAGGUGCAUCCACCUCGACAAUGAAUGGCUGUGAUAGUUCUGGGUGUUGCAGCACUGAGACAGUGGUGAAAUGUCACUUCAAUUCGGAAAAUGCUUGGUUGACAUCAUCUGCCCAAUGGAAUCCUGCCAAGAUCUUCCUGGUUAGAAACAGCAAAGAAUUUGUGUGCAGGAACCUCAAAACACAACACACCAAUUAUACAGUGUCUGUCAGUUCACCAGCACUUGAAUACCAGUGAUCCUUGAAAGUGGAGGAGGAGAUUUUUGAGGAGAGAACACACCAAUCAUAGCAAGGGAAACCCGCCUACGUGGUUAGCAUAGUGAUGAGAUUUGGAUGUAGCCUCCUGGAGGUAAACCUUGUAUACUUGAACUUGUCUUCAAGUUAUUGAAGAAGUGUCCAGAUAUUUCCUUUAUUUACCAAUAUACUGUAUCUAUUACUGAUCCUUGGAAAUGAAGAAGUAUAUCAUCCCGGUUAGAAAUGCCCUUUGUGUCUGACAUGAAGUUUUCUGUUCUAAUGCAGUAAAGUCCACUGGAACCAGUGUGCUGAUUUCACAGCAGCAUUUGUUCACUUGGGAUCAGUUCUUCAACUGUAUUGACUCUGUAAGAGGUUCACUAAGCUUGACAUCUGACUUGAUGAAUUGCCGGAGAAUUGAUAGCAAGGAGAUAGCAUUCUCCUUCUCUCAGUGUGGGAAAUGAUUCACUCACUCAUCCAGCCUGCAGAUGCACCAGUGAGGUCACCGUGGGGAGACUGUACACCUGUUGUGUGUGUGGGAGGGGAUCUACUCAGUUAUCCAGCCUGAAGAUACAUCAAGUUGUGUCUGUGGGAAAUGAUUAAUUCUAUCAUUCAAGCUAAAGAAACAUAAGAAAUUUGACACCAGGGAGAGGCCAUUCACCUGUUCAGUGUGUGGGAAAAGAUUCACUCAGUCAUCUGAACUGCUGACACAUGAGUGAGUUCGCACUGGGGAGAGACCAUGUCAGUUCACAAUGGGGAGAUGCCAUUCAUCUGCUCAGACUGUGGGAAGGGAUUCACUCAGACAUCUCACUUACUGGCACAUCAGAGUGUUCACACUGGGGAGAGGUCAUUCACCUGCUCAGACAUCGGGAAGGGUUUCACUCAGUCAUCUCAACUGAAGGAACUUCAGCGAGUUCACACUGUGGUAAGGCCAUUCACCUGCUCUGAAUGUGGGAAGAGAUUCACUCAGUCAUCUGAUCUGCUGACACAUGAGCGAGUUCACACCGGAGAGAGGCCAUUCACCUGCUCAGACUGUGGAAAACGAUUCACUCGGUCAUUCCACCUGCAGACACACCAACGAGUUCACACUGGGGAGAGGCCAUUCACCUGCUCAGACUGUGGGAAGGGAUUCACUCAGUCAUCUCAACUGAAGGUACAUCAGCGAAUUCACACAGGGGAAAGGCCGUUCAUCUGCUCUGAAUGUGGGAAGGGAUUCACUCGGUCAUCUCACCUACUGGCACACCAGUCAAUUCACACUGGGGAGAUGCCAUUCAUCUGCUCAGAUUGUGGGAAAGGAUUUCCUCGGUCAUUUCAACUGAAGGUACAUCAGCGAGUUCACACUGGAGAGAAGCCUUUCAUCUGCUCAGACUGUGGGAAGGGAUUCACUCAGUCAUCUCAACUGAAAGUACAUCAGCGAGUUCACACUGGGGAGAGGCCGUUCAUCUGCUCAGAAUGUGGGAAGGGAUUCACUCGGUCAUCUCACCUGCAGACACAUCAGCGAGUUCACACUGAGGAGAGGCCAUUCAUCUGCUCAGAUUGUGGGAAGGGAUUCACUCGGUCAUCUAACCCAAUAGAACAUCCAUCAUUUCACAGUGGGGAGAGGCCAUUCACCUGCUCAGACUGUGGAACGGCAUUCACUCAGUCAUCCCACCUACAGAGACACCAGUGAGUUUGCACUGAGAGUGACCACUCAUUUGUUCCAGACUGUGGGAAGAGAUUCACGCAGUCACCUCAACUGAAAGUACAUCAGCGAGUUCACACUGAGGAGAGGCCAUUCAUCUGCUCAGAUUGUGGGAAGGGAUUCACUCGGUCAUCUAACCCAAUAGAACAUCCAUCAUUUCACAGUGGGGAGAGGCCAUUCACCUGCUCAGACUGAGAAAAGGGAUUCACUCAGUCAUCUCACCUACUGACACACCAGUCAGUUCACACUGGGGAGAUGCCAUUCAUCUGCUCAGACUGUGGGAAAGGAUUUCCUCGGUCAUUUCAACUGAAAGUAUAUCAGCGAGUUCACACUGGAGAGAAGCCUUUCAUCUGUUCAGACUGUGGGAAGGGAUUCACUCGGUCAUCUCAGCUGCUGGCACACCAGUCAGUACACAUUGGAGAGAGAGUAUUCAUCUGCUGGAGAGUGGAAAGGGAUUCAAAUGGUCAUCUCAACUUAAGUUACUUCAGUGAGUUAACACUGGAGAGAGAGAGAUUCACUCGGACAUCUGAACUUGUGACACACUACUGAGUUCACAGUGGGGGGAAAAGUUUAAAUAAGUUGUGUGCUGGAUAUCUAAUCUUCACAGUUGCUGUAUCCACAGGCAAGUUCAAAAAUGACUUGGAGUUAGACUGCAUUAUUGCUGCUGCUCAUCACACCCAGUUCUGCACUCUGAUCACUGGUGCUGUUUCUUCUGCUGAUGUUCACCUUUAAUGCGACUGGAGUUUAAUAUUCUGGGUCUGUAACAAAUAAAUUCUGUUUUAAACUCCGUCUCAGGUGCUUAGUGAAUUUACAACACACCCAUUGAACAGCAGGGAGUCAACUCACCCCUUCUGGUCCCUGCCAGUAUUUCUGUUCCAUCCCUGCUGUUCACCACUCACUCCUGUGGUGAUGGGUUCCAAGCAGUUCCAAGUGAAGAAGUUUCCCUUGAAUUUCCUGCAUGACUUUCUGUAGAC